AUGAAGAAAUUAUUUGCUUCUCGUUCCGAUGCUGACGCUGCUGAUCUUGUUGGAUCUGUCGAACAAACCAUGAUGUGUAUGACUAUUGAUGAAGUAAAAAAAGAGUUGGAAAAGAAUGUCCUCUCCAUGCAGGUGAUGGACACUCGAUUAACGACCAGUGAAGAAGAGGAUAAUGACAUUAGUUUCAAUUAUGAUGUCAUUGGAAAAGAUACUCCUAGACUGGUCGGAAAGACCUAUGUCAAUGGACAAAAGAUGAGCAAUGUCUCUCACUUUAUUGUCUCUUUGAUUGAUUUGAUUUUGAAUCGAGGAAUGCCCAUUGAAGAUGAAAAGAAUAUUUAUGGUGUCAAUGUUCAUUCGUAUUAUCAAAAUUUAUAUGCUCAAAUGACUGCCAAAAUCAAGAAGGAGAAUAUUGUCAUGGAAGAUCACGUGUCAUUGACUUCGUUUUUGAAAGCCUUGUUCAUGGUUGGAAAUCCUGUCUUUCAAUUGUUGAGAUGUUACAAUCAAAACGCAAUUUCACAACCUGUCACUUAUUACAAAUUAAUUCUUGGUACUGUUCAUAAAUUGAAUUUCCAAGAUAAGGAUUGGACCGUGUGUUGGGAUGUUGUCGAUCAUGACAUGUACGGAAAGAAGAGAACCAUUACUGUGAAACAUGUGAGAACGGAAAAACAUGUGGUCGAUCGUCAAGAAAAGUUUAGUUUUUCAUGGAAUAUUUCAUUUGAAUAUGAACAGAUUGUGAAAACUGUUGAGGAAUACAAUCGAAGUCCAGUUUCUAAUCUUGAUUUAAUUUCUCAAAAGACAUACACUCCAGUGAAAUUGAAUCAGGUUGUGAUGAGUUUUGGUAAAUUGGAAGAAUGGGCAGAAAAUGUCAAAGAUGAAAGAUUUCCAACCAAAGAGAAUGCCAUUGCAUUUUUGGAGUACAUUUUCGAGACUACAGUGAUCAAAUUCAAUUAA